AUGGGUUACGGUGAAUAUGGUGCUGCAUCUGGUUAUUUUCCGUCACAACAACCGAAUCCCAAUAUUUGGGAAUCGAGCAAUGUCUUAUCUGAAGAAGAUGAGGCAAAUAAAGAAUGCGAGGAUGAUGGUGAGGGAAAUGAAACUCCUUCUCCCCAUCAAAACUUCACUCAAAUGUUACAGCAACCACUCCAAUCAACUUCGGAAUUUCGUGUUAGUGGUUCAAACAAUAGAGGUUGGUCGCGAUCAGAAACUGCGGCUCUUAUAUCCGGCUACAUGAACACCAGCACCGACAUAAUUACCGGCACAAAUCAAAAGAAGGGUGUAUUUUGGAAGAGAGUCUUGGACGCAUAUGAUGCUGCCAGGGAAUCGAAUGCAGAUGAAAUAUCCCUACGAACUAUUAGUAGUUUGAAGGGAAGGUGGAUGCGAAUCUCUGAAGCCGUGUUAAAGUGGUGCGGAAGCUAUGAUAAGGCCCGGAAGCGAAAGGGAAGUGGCUAUAACGAAAUGAUGUUAUCCAAGAGGCCCACAAAAUCCAUGAGAACUCAUUCGGACGAUUCACCUUCUACGAGGAAUGGAUCCAACGUGGGUGUCGGUGAUGAGAGAGUAGCUCGUGCUGAAGGUAUUAAAAAGGCUAAGUCGAGAUUGAAGGGUAAAGCUCCAUCAAGUCAAGCAUUUAAGGAAUUAGAAACAUUCAACAUCCGAUUGCAGCUACUUGGGGAUUCGAUGAAUGUGUCAAACGAAGCAGAAAUGAAGAGACUUGAAAUACAGGAGCGCAAGGAGGCAAGGAAACAACGGAAAAUUGAGCUAGAGCAAUAUAGGAUCAACUGGGAGCAACUAUCUCGUCUAGAACAGAAAGUAAACCGAGAACAGUGGGAAGACGAAAUGAUAGUAAUACUUCGGAACAAUAUUCAACGUUUCAAUAAUGAUGCUUAG